UCAAAUUCCUAUUUGCAGCCAAGAACACCACUGCAGUCAUCAAUCAGCAUCCCCAAAAUCCCCAAAUCAAAAAACCCUAGAAUAAUGCGAAAAUGGAUCCCGAUUACAAUCCGAGCAGGAAAUCGCUGAUCAGGAACAAAUGGGUGUCGACUGCCGCCAGCAUAUGGAUCCAGUGCACCAGCGGCUCGCUCUACACUUUCUCCAUCUACUCCGGCCUCCUGAAAUCCACCCAGGGAUACGAUCAAUCCACCCUCGGCACCAUUUCUGUGUUCAAGGAUAUCGGCGGCAACUCCGGCCUCCUAUCCGGCGUCCUUUACUCCUCCGCAGGUGGACCUCGCUUCGUGCUCCUCGCUGGAGCAAUCCAGUGCUUCGCCGGUUACCUUUUGAUGUGGCUGACGGUUACGGGGACGCUGCCGCGGUCGCCGGCGUGGGUAAUUUGCUUGUAUAUGCUCCUUACAGCUCAUGGUGUGACUUUCUUCAAUACCGCUGAUGUUGUCACUGGAGUGCAUAAUUUCCCGAAUUAUAGCGGCACGAUUGUGGGGAUUAUGAAGGGCUUUCUCGGAUUGAGCGGAGCUAUAUUAAUUCAGGUAUACCAGACGAUAUUCAAGAACAAGCCCGAUUCGUAUUUACUACUAUUGGCGCUACUUCCCUCGCUCAACGCGCUUCUGCUCAUGUGGUUUGUGAGAAUUCUCGAAACAAAAGAAGAAGACGAGAAGAAGCACCUCGACGGCUUCUCAUUCAUCGCCGUUGUUCUCGCCGCGUACCUCAUGGCCGUAAUUAUCGUACAACACAUUCUCCAUUUAAUUCUAUCCCUACGAAUCUUCACAUUCGUUUUGCUAAUUUUGUUGUUAGUGUCUCCUAUAGUCGUCGCUAUUAAAGCCCAGAGAGAGAAGUCUUACCGGAUGCUAAAAUCGCUUCUCGAACACAACUUAUUCGCCGACGAAAAGGACCUGCUGGACGAAGAAAUUAUUCGCGACGACGACGUCGUAAACGGCGGAGAAUCGAAUGUUGCCAAUUCGCAGUCGAUCGGAGACCUAAACCUCAUGCAGGCUAUGCGGAAACUCAGUUUCUGGUUAUUAUUUCUCACGACGGCCUGCGCCGUCGGGUCGGGACUAUCGACUGUGAACAAUUUGAAUCAGAUCGGCGAAUCGCUCGGGUAUUCUUCGUUAGAGAUUAAUACUUUGGUUUCUUUAUGGAGCAUAUGGAAUUUUCUCGGUCGAUUCGGCGCUGGUUAUAUAUCCGAUUAUUUCUUACACGUCCGAGGAUGUUCGAGGCCCUUGUUCAUCGUGAUUACUCUCGCUAUUAUGAGCGCGGGUCACGGCAUGAUCGCUUACGGUUUCCAUGGUGCUUUGUACGUUGGCUCGAUUCUUGUGGGCGUUUGUUACGGAUCACAAUGGUCGUUGAUGCCGACCAUUGCUUCCGAGAUUUUCGGGAAAGCUCAUUUUGGUACGAUAUUCAAUACUAUUACUGUUGCGGGUCCUAUCGCGUCGUAUAUUUUAUCCGUUCGGGUGAUGGGAUUUAUUUACGACGAGGAAGCUUCCAAACACGGCGGUGGGACUUGUUUUGGGCCUCGAUGCUUCCGGCUCGCGUUUGUUAUUAUGGCUUCGGUUGCUUUGUUUGGGUUUCUUGUCGCGUUGGGGCUGCAUUUCCUUACGAGGAGCUUCUACAAAAAUGUCGUGCAUCGACGAGUUUUGAUUUCGUCGCGCUCGAGUAGAAUUGUGUAUGAUAUCGAAUGAAUCGAUGGAAAUUUUGGUUUUGUUUUUUCUUUCAGUUUUUUUACUUGUUCGCUCCGGCAUGUUUGGAGGGAGCGAAUUUUACUGACAAAAUUAAUAAGUACUUUUAUAUUUCACAUAAAAAAACUUAGUCAGGCCAGAAACUUUGUUUCUAUGAAUAUAAAGUAGAAUGUAAAUGAUUAAAAUAUCCUUGUUU